UGCUCCACUAAUUACGCCAAUUACUAUUGCAGGAUUCAAAGGUGGAGUGCUCCACAAAAGGUUGCAACUCUUCAAAAAUGCAAUGCAUCCAGUGAGGACGUACACCUUCCCUGUGGAGGGAAAACAUCAUGGAGCUCGCAAAGGUUGUCAUCCUCCUUGUCACGGCCAUCAUGGACACGAUCACCAUCAACAUCAUCAUGGGUAUCAUCAUCAACAUCAUCGUGUUUAUAACCAUCACCAAACCCAUAAUGGUCAUCAACACAGCCAAGGACUUCAUCACAAGCAUGGACACCGUAAGUUUGCAAGAGCUAUCUACCAAGACCCAUACUACCACGUUAGUCCGCAAUUGUUCUAUCACAACAACAAACCAUUUCAUCAUGGUGUCAGUCAGUAUUAUAGCCAAAAAUUAUCCCCUUACUGGUUCCCCAAGUACUAUUACUCACCAUACCAAAUGAAACCGUUGAUACCCACUUACAACUAUCAUUUGAAACCCUUGUACUAUUACUUGAGAAACCCCCAAAUUGUAGCACCCGUAGCCUGGAUUCAGCCUCAGGAAUAUCACUUGUACCCUAUCAAUAACCAGGGAUCAUCAGAGAACUCAUUGAGUGUUGAGGAUCCUCCUUCCAACAAUCAAGUAAAUCAUAAUGUUCAUGACUCAAUAUAUGAGGAAACAGAUGUGCCAAAUGUACAGAUUCAAGCAGAAAAUGAUCAAAGUGACGAUACAUUCUCUGUGAAUGAUAAUCUUUUCACUGAGGUAACAAGUGCUGCCACAACUACUCUGGAAAAUAAGGUUUAUGACAACUUCAAUAAUAAUGGAGAUUCAAGUGACGAUUCAUUCUCUGUGAAUGAUAAUCUUUUCACUGAGGUAACAAGUGCUGCCACAACUAAUCUGGAAAAUAAGCUUCAUGACAACUUCAAUAAUAAUGGAGAUUCUACAAGCUAUAACAACGUAGAUCAUACAACUCCUCAGUACACAUCUUCAGUACACCUGGAUAAAAACUAUGAAUCAACUCCUAGUGUUUGGAUCACUGAAUCACUUGAAAAUUCUAAUGAUGACACUAAUGCAGAUCAUACAACUCCUCAGUACAAACCAUCAUUGAUUAACCUGGAUAAAAACUAUGGAUCAACUCCUAGUGUUUGGAUCACUGAAUCGCUUGAAAAUUCGAAAGAUGACACUAAUGCAGAUCAUACAACUCCUCAGUACAAACCAUCAUUGAUAAACCUGAUUGAAAUCAAUAAGUCUGAAACUCCCAGUGUUACAAUUACUGAAACUUAUGGAAAUGUCAAUCAGGAAACCACUACACUCAAUGAUCUAGAUAGAAUCUACACCACCAAAUCUGAUGACAGCUUCAAUUCUGGAGUACCUGAUAGUUUGAUGACUUCUACACCAAUCUAUGUUGAGAAAGACAUUGAAAACGCCCGCAGUACAACUUAUGAACCUUCUGGAAAUUUCCAUCAAGAAACCACUACACUCAAUAAUCUAGAUAGAAUCUACACCACCAAAUCUGAUGACAGCUUCAAUUCUGGAGUACCUGAUAGUUUGAGGACUUCUACACCAAGCGAUGUUGAGAAAGACAUUGAAAACGCCCGCAGUACAACUUAUGAACAUUCUGGAAAUUUCAAUCAAGAAACCACUACACUCAGUGAUCGAGAUAGAAUCUACACCACCAAAUCUGAUGACAGCUUCAAUUCUGGAGUACCUGAUAGUUUGAGGACUUCUACACCAAGCGAUGUUGAGAAAGACAUUGGAAACGCCCGCAGUACAACGUAUGAACCUUCUGGAAAUUUCAAUCAAGAAACCACUACACUCAGUGAUCUAGAUAGAAUCCUCACCACCAAAUCUGAUGACAGUUUCAAUUCUGGAGUACCUGAUAGUUUGAGGACUUCUACACCAAGCGAUGUUGAGAAAGACAUUGAAAACGCCCGCAGUACAACGUAUGAACCGAUUCCAAUAACGGACUCUCUAGAGCACAAAGUGACAAUUGGUGACGAACCAAGUUUGAAAGUGCAGACUGUGGCGACCUAUUCACCUCUAGAAAUAAUUCAUGAACAGACAACACAGAAUUUGCCAGGACGUGAUCAAGUAGUGGAUUUGGAAGAUAGUUUGAGUUUAACCACUGGAGCUGAUGAUAACAAUUCAGAUGGAGGUGUUAAGUAUGGAGGAACAACUAUUCCUGAUCUGUUGAGGACCAAGUUGGAUGAUUAUCAAACAAGCACUACUAGAAGUUAUUAUGAUGUCACAUCUACUGGAUUAUCUAGUGAUAAAAAUGGGGUGGAACUACCAAAUCAUGAUCCAAUUUUUACAACCACUGAGAGUUUCAAGAAUGAUGUUGCAGGAGAGUAUGAGAAAUUACAAACAACACCCACCAAUUUCCAUGAACAGAGCAGGCCUACCACAGUAGAAAAAUCUUCUCAUCUCAGUCAUGAAACUUCUACAUUUUCUCCAGAACCCUUUGAUCGAUACUACACAACAACCGAGAAACCUAGAGAAUAUGAAGGGUUGACAAACUUGCCAACAACUUCACAAAAUCGUUUUGGAGAAUCCACCACAGUCAGUUCAAGUUUAGAUGCUGCAGCUUAUACUCUGACUUUGGAUGAAGAAGUGAUGCUAUUUGAAGAUUUUAUUAAAGCUUUCAUGGAAGAUGAAACUGCUCCACCUCAGAUCGAUUUUUCUUCUGAAGCUGUAAAGUCGGGAACAGGAAUUGAAAUUGAUGUGGGAACAACAGUAAGCGCAAUUGGUGGAGAUGAUAUCAAAUCUUUUGUUGAGGAAUCAAGUACAUCAGACAACUGGAAGACAGUAACUACAUUUCCAGCAUACACUUCUAUGACAGAUUCCGGAUUGAAUCCUGAUUACAAUAACUACAGAGGUCUGAAGGAGGAAAUUCAGAGUGAAAGAUCAACUGUCCCUUCUGAUUACCAAGAUCUGGAGGGGGAAAUACAGAGUGAAAAAUCAUCUGUGACUCUUGAUUUGAUUGAAACUACCAUGUCAACACCAAUUACAAGGGCAUUGAAUGAGGAGAAAUAUUUGGAAAAAGAUACAGUCCUAGUCACAUCAUCACCAAAACCUAUAAUUUCUGAUGGAGAUUAUAGAGAAGAUCAAACUGAGAAUUCCAACACAAUUGCGCCAACUUCUGCAACAUCAAAUUUCACAGAUUUUACUAUAACAGGUUCAGAAUUGGUUCCUGGUAACAAUAACUACAGAGGUCUGGAGGAGGAAUUUCAGAAUGGAAGAUCAACUGUCACCUCCGAUUACGAAGAUCUGGAGGGGGAAAUUCGAAGUGAAAAAUCAUCUGUGACUCCAUAUUUGUUGGAAACUACUAUGUCAACACCAAUAACAAGGUCAUUGAAUGAGGAGAAAUAUUUGGAAAAAGAUACAGUCCUAGUCACAUCAUCACCAAAACCUACAAAUUCUGAUGGAGAUUUUAGAGAAGUUCAAACUGAGAAUUCCAAGACAACUGAGCUAACUUCUGCAACAUCACUGUUCACAGAUUUCACUGAAGCUAGCGGGAACGAAUUUCCAAAAUUGGAAGCUCAAUCCACGACUCCUUACGCAGGAUCAUCAAUUUUCACAGAUUCCACUGAAAACUCAAACGUGUGGUUAUCAGGUUUCAAAUUUGAAUCGAACUCAGUUCAGACUACACCGUUGUCAGUGCAUUAUGAUUCCACUGGAAACCACCUACUCUCAACACCAGAUAGCUUGAAAAUUGAGAGUCCAGAUUUUUCAACUGUUAACACCGAUUUUGACAAGUUUUCCAGUGAUAAUCUGAGAGAUGAAAUAUUGAUGAGUACCACCGGAAAUACAGUUAGUGACUAUAGAUUCAAGUCAGGAGAGACAACGACAGAUUCAAACUGGAACAUGGAGGAAAGUAUUGAAUUCAAAGAUGAGAAGAGUAGUACAUCAAAAGUGAGUGAGAAAGAAUUUUUGGAGAACAGAGAGCAAAUAUCAGUUACCGAAGCUUGGAAUGAGAAAAUCUCAUUUACUACAAUUGGAACCACAACGAUGAACACUCCUGCUUCAGAUACUGUAGAAAAAGAAAUAGAAUUAAAAGAUUUAGUAGAAAAAGAAGUUUCUACACAGAAAAUAGAAGAAUCUGAGAAGCUGAAUGAUUUGGAUGAUAGUAUUACAACUGAGAAUAAUGUAUCAAUUCAUGGAGACUCCAGUAAUGAUUUAGAAAAGUUUUCAAAAGACCAGAAUCAUUCAAAUUUUGUAACUUCAAAGACUGACCCUAUUGAUGACUCUAAUGUAUUUGAACAAGUUGAAACCACAACAAUUCAUCAAGGGAACAAGAUGGAACAGGAAAAGGAUUUCGAAAAUAUGGAGAUUGGAAGUAUUGAUAAAUUUUAUGGAACAACAACCCCAACUCUGGAAAUUUUGGUUUCACCUACUGUAGAAGAUGGAGAGAUAUAUAGAAAUACCAAAAUUCAAAGUGUUAGAAAUUCUGCUACCACGUUUGAACCUCUUGGAGAUAUUAAGAACGGAGGAGACUUUGUAGAUACAACUGAGUCAUCUUAUACUAAAUUGGAUACAACUGAGUCAUCUUAUACUAAAUUGGAUACAACUGAGUCAUCUCAUGCUAAAUCGAAUACAACUGAAUCAUCUUAUGAUAAAUCAGAUACAACUAAGUCAUCUUAUGAUGUUGGAAAAUUAUCGUAUUCAACCAAUGAAAAUCCUAACACUGAGACACCUGAAUAUUUUCAUGAAAAUUUACCUGGUGAGACCAAAAAUGUGAUAAUUGAUGCUCCAGUUCCAUCAGACAUCCAAUAUCCAGAAGUAACUAAUGCAAAUCUUUUGAAUGACACGACUAGUCUAUUGAAAACAGUCACAUAUGAUCAGAGCACGAUCCAACCUAUCGAGUUACAAACUCAAUACCCUACCGCCCAACUGGAUACCGGUAGAGAUGAAUUAGAUAAAAUUUCAGGAGAAGAAUCAUGGGUUGAUGAGAAUAAUGCUGAUUACGAUGACUUAUCAGGUUUGGAAUUAUCAACUGAGGUGAAUUUAAAUACAAGAACGAAUGUAAGUAGUGAUGAGCUUGAAGUGCAAGGUGAACUAUUGAAUGAGAAUAACGGAAAUGAAGCAGAAAAGGAAGAAUCAAAACUGAACGAGUUGAAUCGAAAUCAAAAUAUCAGUCAAGAAGAGAAAAUCGAUCUGCAGAAUACCUCACAGAAUAAUAAUAGUUUAAUAAUUGAGAAAAAUAUCGAUGAGACGACUAUAUCAAGUGAAGCUGAAACUGGACUCAACGCUUAUUCAUCUAAUCAAGAGACGAUUGAAAGGGUGGACGAUGAAAACGCAUUUGGACAGGCUCAUUUGAAAGACACUGUUGAUGAACAUGAUACAAGCAAAGUGAUAAAUGAAACACAGAGAGAAACAGAUGGUGUGAUGAGAGUAUAUGAUGAGCUUGACUCUAGUUUUCCAAACUCAGAAACUGCUCAACAAAAUGAUGAAUUCCACAAUAAAACUGAAGCAGUUGAAGGAAAAACAAAUGUAUCAGAAGGAUCAACACCUGUUACUGAGGUGGGGUUGGAUAGUGGAGAAGGAACUACAGAGGUUUCCCCUUUGAAGCAACUUCAUGAAACUCUUUUCACUAAAAGUUUUGAGGAGGGCGUAGGCCCUCCUCAAACGGUUGUUUCAACGGUUCCUUCAACGGUUGGUUCAACAGUUGAAAACGAUACAAUAGACGAAACUGACAACGUUGAAAGUUCAACCAGGACUCAUCUGAGUGAUUUCACUGAAAUGGAAAGUAGUGGUUAUGAAAAUAAGGGUGGAGAAACAGUGCCUCCCAAUUCAAAUUCUGGAAAUGACGACGGUCCUUUUCACGUGGAUUUACUUAAUAUCAAUGCAACAGCCCAUGAAAAUAACUCAGAAACAAAGUUGACUAACAAAACAUCUGUGAUUGAGGAAGUAACUUACUACAACAUUGAAAAUCUGGGGGAUAAUUCGCAUCGUGAUGAACUUUUUGUUACAGUUAAUGAUGAUGAGAUGAAUAGAACAGGCUUCCAAUCAGAAGGUGAUUCGAUUGAUAUCAAUGGUGAUGAUUUAACCGAUAAUUAUGAGCUGACACGUUCAAUCAGGUAUGAAUACAACCCAUACUUUAUCAUUUCCAAUAGUGAUUUGAAUUUUAGAGAACCGGACUCGAAUAAUAUGAAUUAUGAGAACGAUCACUCAGCAAUACCAAGAUAUAUUGUCAAACGAGAUGUUAUGAAAACCAAAGAGAGGAAAGUUCCUGAGGAUUUUAUUGAUGACAAGAGAGAAAUGAGCAGGAUAGCUUCACCCAGGAUCUUGGAAUCAAGUUAUCAAGCUGAGGAAGGGUAUUCUGAAGAGGAGGAAUACAGAGAUUACAGUGAUUAUGGGACAGUGAGCAAUGCAAGUCCUUUGAGCUUGAAGGAGAGCGAAGAAGACGAAGAAGAAGAUAAUUUGACAAAUGAUUUUGGGCCAUCUAUCAAAGAGCUCAUAGCUUAUCGACGAAAUAAACAAUGAAUACCAAAUGAAUACAAUGAAUACCAAAUGAAUACAAUGAAUGCCAAAUGAAUAUCAAUACAACAAUAAUAAUGGAUAAUUUGACAAAUGAUUUUGGGCCAUCUAUCAAAGAGCUCAUAGCUUAUCGACGAAAUAAACAAUGAAUACCAAAUGAAUACAAUGAAUACCAAAUGAAUACAAUGAAUGCCAAAUGAAUAUCAAUACAACAAUAAUAAUGGAUAAUUUGACAAAUGAUUUUGGGCCAUCUAUCAAAGAGCUCAUAGCUUAUCGACGAAAUAAACAAUGAAUACCAAAUGAAUACCAAUGAAUGAAUACCAAUACAGCAAUACCAAUGAAUAUCGACGAAUAACAAUGAGACUACCAAAUUCUACUUUAAAAGCUUUCUCUAAUAAUUUUUGAAUAAAAAAAUUUUUUUUUGAUCGUAAGUUACUUUAUUAAUGUAAUUUUUAAGCAACAGUAGUUGCCAGUUUUAAGCACUGACAUACCGUACUGUAUUUGAUACUGCAACUCGAAUAUAGAUUAUACAGUUUAUAAAAAGAGAUUGUAAGAUGCAAUUAUGAAAUUGAUAAUUUCCAUGCCUAAUGUUAAUUUUAUAACGGGACCACUUAUGGCACAGUAGUUGCCACUUUUAAGCACUGACAUACCGUACUGUAUUUGAUACUGCAUAACUCAAAUGCAGAUUAUACAGUUUAUGAAAAGAGAUUGUAAGAUGCAGUUGAUCAUUUUCAUGCCUAAUAUUAAUUUUAUAACGGGACCAAUUAUGUAUUUAAAAAUACAAAGUGAUACCAUUAAGUGAUAAUAUGUAAGACAAAGUUAUCAAGAACUUCUACUAUUGGAGGAAGAGAAAAUUAAUUUGGAUUUGUAAUUUUGUUUUUUCCCCCAAGUAAAAACUUGAAAAUAAUGUUGAACAUUCUUAUUGAAAUAAGAUCAAACAGUAGAAAUAGCAAAUUUUCUACAUACCUCAUGAAGAACCUUGUUAUGCUUGUAUUUUAUCUAUUUUAUUUUUUUGAAGAAUUCUUUGAUUAUGACAUUUGCAAUACUAGACCUAAU